AUGGGGGUUACGACUAGCAAGAAAGACCUCCAGUCAGCAUCGGGGCCUACAAAUUCUGGAGAAGCUUGCCCACACUGCUCCCUCAGUCAUCCGGCAGGUUUCGCUUGCUGUGAAUCGUCGAUGCCAUUUAAAAAAAAGAAUGUACCAUGGAGUAAAAUAACUACGGAGCCCCUGACGACAUGGAGGUAUGGGGCAGUUCUCUGGGGCUUUGAACCAAGGGUGGAUUACACAACGAACGUCAAGAGCAGAUUGCAGCCAUGGUGUACUGGCGGCAGACAUUACGAGGUCAGUCAUGACUCUCCGACGAAAGUCCAUCAAAGGCCUUACUAUCUGCUGACUUUGCUAGAAACCUCUUUGAGGCAGGACACAUACAUCAUACUGCCACAAGAUUAUUACAGUCGACUCUACAGAGAAAGUGAGCCGGCCGGCCACUACUUGAAACCUGCACAGGUUGUUGGAUACAGAAAGGGAAUAGCAAUAUUGCAGUUGAAUUGUAAAAACAAUGUGAUGGAAUUUGUAGCAAUCCACAUGAAAACCAGCACCAUCCUGGCCAUACACAAGGAGGAGCUGGAGACAGGGAAGCAUUACCUCUGCGACUGCAUCAUAAGCCCUGAUCUUGGCUCGUUCAUCAUCAAACCAAACGCCAUGUAUUCUCUGAAUUUCUGUAGGGAGCACUUCAAAAAUAUCAUGUCUCUACUCUCUCUCAAAGAAAAUAGGUACAUUACACAUUACAGAAUAAUAAGCAACCUAUUUCCAAACAUGGCAGUCCGACUUUUUGUCUCUUAUGACCCAAGAUAUCAGUGGUCGCGAGUGGCCCUGGCCAACUACUCGAAAAAUAACACGGACAUAUUGUGCAUUUAUGACUUGAAAUUCAACAAAAUAAUUCUCGAGAGUAACACCGAACUGUACCAGACCACUCACAACAUCCUCUAUAGUCCAGACGGUCGAUACAUAGCUUCACUAAUCCUUGGCCUCUCAGUCAAAGAUGGACUAUUCAAUUUUCCUGAAAUUUUAUUAUACUCCGGGGACACAUUAAACGUCGUACACAAAAUCGAUACGGAGUACCUCGCGGAAGUCCCAACACUCUCCCCUGCCGCUAUUUUCCCAUUGUUUUCUGAUACUGGCGAAAGUUUGGCAGUGGCCUAUGGAGAGCAGGGCACAUUUUACCAGCAGGUCUCCGGGGUGCAUUUGUAUAGACUUCCAAUGGCAAUUGAUUUGAAAAGUUUAUGUAGGGAGGCAAUUAGGAGCAGGUUUGACCUCCAAGAUGUCCAAAAACUUCCCAUACCUACCCAGAUCAAAUCUUUCCUUGCUUUUAAACCGUAUUACGAAUGA